AUGCUUACUAGGGAAAAUAUGGCGCUGAAAGAGUUGUUGCCAAACGUAGACAGAAUUUUGAACUUGACGUUCGAAGACAUUUGGAAAGCCAAUUAUCCCAAUGAUAAGUGCCCCAUGAAUGUCGAAGAUAUCCCCAAGGAGUUCGAGUAUCGGAAGGAAAAAAUUCUCAAAGACAUUUUCUCCGAGGUUGGGUCAUUAUCUGCUUUGUUGUCAAAAGGUAUUCGUCAGAUGUCUGGGCUUAAUGGCUCUAGUCAGGCUGGAAAGGCAUUCGGCCAUCUUUCCACGUUGAGGCAAAAUCCGGAUUCAUUGUUUCAUUUCGAAAAUUUUUUGACAGGAUAUGCUCACGCAAUUGCACCGAAUUUGGACAGCCGUUGUGAGAGAAAUCGCAAAGUCAAAAAAGCCAUCCAGAGCUUGUAUGAUGCAAUAGCUCCCAACGUGGAUGAAGUUGGUCUCUUGACUAUGGGUCAACAGCUGACACACAAAUCUUUGAAAUUCGUUCAUGACAUGAUGAAAAAAUGCGGAGUCAAAAUAUUUGGAAGUACAUCUUCUAUCAGUACUUCGAGAGCCAAGCAGAAGAAGCUUGUGACUGACAUGGUGGACGGAAUCAAUGAACUUCCUGGCGGACAUGGUGCUUCCAUUCUCAAAUUGCUCGAACUGUUGUUCAUGAAGCUUGCGCGAGAAGAUCCAAACAUGUACCUUGUAGAAUCCUUGGUGCUUUCCCUCUGUUUCGAUAGCACGAGAUUGGGAUCAUCAGCUCAGUCAGGUACAGAACAGACAGAGUUUGCAAUGAAUCUCAUAGCUGUGUGGAACAAGGCGGUUGACGUUGCAAACUCUAUGUUUGACCAGGAGACCAGAAUGAAUUCGCCUGCUUCAUAUAUCUCUUUCUUGUUGUUGUACCUGAAGGACACUAUCGAGAAUAUUGACAAGAAUCUGUGGAAUGUCUAUGGUUUUGAUUUGAAAAGCAUCUUGAAGGAUCUGUUUGUCACUUGUGAGAACGGAGAGAUCAAGAAAAUCAAAGCUGGACUUCACUUCUACAAGGACAAAGAUGGGGUUUUGAACUGCAUUGGGGGACGUGAUAGAACAGCCAGUGAUCCGAAUUCCACACCUGAUCUCGUCAUUGAAAUAAAAAAUAUUUGGCCUACCCCACCUUAA